AUGUUCCGUUCUCUUAUGUGCGCGGCUCUCGCCGCUUCUAGCGUCACUCUCGCGGCACCAACGCAGGAGUUGUUCACUCUCCAGCUUGCACCAGGCCUUACCAAGGUGGUGACAGAAUCAGAGAAGUGGGAACUCAAGGCGCAGGGCAAGAAGUUCUUUGACGUUACAGAGUCGGGUCCCGCCUCUGCCGAUGUCGAGGUUGCUGCAGUCACCUAUCCUACAGCCGUGGCCCAGACGGCAGCUGUUAAUGCUCUUAUUCCGAGCCUUAGCAAGGCCAACCUCCAGAGCAAGCUGACCACCUUCUCCAACUUUCAAAACCGCUACUACAAGUCCACCUAUGGAGUGCAGUCCUCAAACUGGCUGCUCCAGCAGGUCCAAAGCAUCAUCACGGCAGCGAAUGUCGCUGCUGACGUGAAAGUUGCAGCAUUCACUCACUCGUGGGAACAGAGCAGCAUCAUCGCCACAAUUCCAGGGCAGACAACCAACACGGUUGUCAUCAGCGCACACCAGGACAGCAUCAACCAGCGUAGCCCUGCGUCUGGUCGUGCCCCGGGCGCUGAUGAUGAUGGCUCAGCCACCGUGGAGAUUCUCGAAGUCUUCCGUGUGCUGCUGACGGACGCCAAGAUCGCAGCCGGCCAGCAUGUGAACACAAUCGAGGUUCACUGGUACGCUGCCGAGGAGGGCGGUCUUCUGGGCAGCCAGGCUAUCUGGAACAGCUACAAGCAGGCCGGGCGUGUCGUCAAAGGCCUCGUGCACCAGGAUAUGACCGGAUACGUUGCGCCAGGCACUACCGAGAGUAUCGGUCUGUUCACUGACUACGUCGAUACCAGUCUGGUGACAUUCAUUGGCAAAUGCAUCAAGGCCUACACCAAGCUGCCGGUGGUAUCGAGCAAGUGCGGCUACGCCUGCUCCGACCACGCGUCGGCCCGCAAUGCUGGCUACCCCGGCGCGCUCAUCUCCGAGGCUUCCUACGAGAAUUCCAGCCCCUAUCUGCACACGGCUCAGGACACAAUCGACACCGUCAACUUCAACCACCUCCUCGAGCUGACUAAGGUGACUCUAGGUACGAUCUACGAGCUUGCAUUCGCCAAGCUAUGA